UUUUAACCAAUAGAUUUGUCUCUUGACGACGGUUAGGGGCGGGGCUUAUCCACAGUUGUUAUGGAAGAUGUCAUUCGCAGGAGCUAUGAUUGCUGCGUCAAAGUCAAGAGUUCUGAGCCUUGCUAGGUCAUCUGCUCUCCUGAACAACAGCAAUGUGGGGCAACAUCUACUCCGACUUCCCACAACCCCCCUACCCCCCCACACAACGGGGAUUCAGCUUUACAGCAGCGCCUCCACCCAGGAGAAGGCAGCAGUGUCAGAUCCAUCUGAAGAGAAAGUGCAUCUCACUGAGUCAUGUGUGAAGAGACUCGGAGAGAUCAUGGUGACAGGAGAAUACCUGAGAAUACACGUGGAGGGAGGAGGCUGCUCUGGGUUCCAGUACAAGUUUUCUGUGGAUAAUAACAGGAGUGAAGAUGACCGGGUAUUUGAGCAGGGAGGGGUGGGCAUUGUUGUGGAUCAGGACAGCCUGGAGUUUGUGAAAGGUGCCACCAUUGACUUCAGCAAGGAGUUGAUCCGCUCUGCCUUCCUGGUGCUCAAGAAUCCUCAGGCGGAUCAUGGCUGCUCCUGUGGCAGCUCCUUCUCUGUCAAACUAUAACCUUACUUCUCUGUGUUAAGUUCACUUGAUACCCUGAUUUACCAGUUUAUUGGAAUAUAUGAGACACCUCUCAUUAUAGUGCUUUCCAAUCUACUCGAGCCUUAUCAGUUACUACACAGACACAAAACCUCUGUGUCAACAAAAUGUUAACUUUACAAUUUUCAAAAAGAUAGAAUUAAUUGCAGGGUCAUCAACUGGGAAUGCCUUUAAAGGGCAAAGGUGGACCAUUUAAACUGGUAACUUGGGGUAUCAUUUCACAUCUGACUGAUCUGACUCUGGUGUUUUUUAAUUUCUAAUUCACUUCGCAUCAUUUACAACAUCUAGCAAGCUAAAAAUCAGUGUUGCUCAUUUACAGCCACAUUAUCAAUCUGUGAUGUCAUGUGUUACGAAAGAAAGACAAAGGCUCACUUUAAGUGUUCAAGGCGGGGAACUGCCUUUGUGUGUAAAAAUGUAAAUAGGCUAUAUCUAUGCAUAGAAAGAGUGACUAUAUUGUAUUUGCUUGACCUAAAUUCAAUUAAAAUUGAUUGAAUUGCAGAAACA